AACCAUCUAUAGGGGCACAUGUAUUUUUAAUAUUAAUAAUACGAGUGUUUGAGACUUUUUUAUAUAUAUUUUUCUUUUUUAAAGGAUUGAGACAUUCUUUUUGUACAAUUUAUAUGUCAAUAUUAUUAACCACUUAUGAUAAGUUACAUGGUUGUAUGGUUAAAUAAAUUGCAUGUGAAGAUGCAAUUUUUGCAUAAAAGUGUUUCUAGCAUUACUCUAAUAACAUUCCAAAAAGAAAAAUACUUAAAUGGUUUACUCUUUGGAUGAGCUGAGCCGGAGCGGGGACUUCACCAAUAGGAUAGCCAUGUUUGUCUUAGUUUAUUACGUUUGUUAAGCUAAAAACAAGUAACAUUGUAAGCAAGGGGAUUUUGUACUGGCACGUGUCUACAUAGACAUCGAUGAUCAUUUCCUUGGCCUAUAUGUAUCGAAGGCCUGUUGCUGCCAGUUUCAAUACAAUUUAAUAAAUUGUAUAUUUAUAUAUACUUAUAAUAUGUUUAUAUUCCAGUGAUAACAAGAGACUUCUUAACACCUACAUUCUUCAGAGCCAAAUUUAAUUAUUUUUAGAAUGGAAAACUUAUCGAUAAUGAUGUUGGUUUUGCUGUUGGUAGCGUUACUGCAAAACUCUCAAGUCUAUUCCGAUGGUAGGUUUUUAUUUUUGUUUUCAUAUUUGUUAAUGGGGACGGUAGGCUUCAAUUUAAACUUUUUAUUUCUUUUCCCACACCAUUUUCACAAGUCUCUUGUCUGAUUUUUUUUUUAAACAUUUUAUUCGUUGUUUCAAAUUAUUAUUUUGCCUGAGGGUGUGCAACUGAUGAAUUUUUUUUUUAUUAUUUCGUGGUGACCACAAAUUUUUGUAGAGUUGAGAUGUAAGUUUUUGUAAAGUUAAUUAUGGUCUUGAAAAUGUGUGUUUUUUGAAGGUGUAGUAAAAACCUUGUUGUCUUCAUUAAGGCCUCAUUUCAAUUACAAUAUUCAUUAAUUUGAUCAUUGAAAAUGGAUAGAGAGUAAAAGCAAAAUUAGCGGUGAUGCCAUCCAUGCAUGUGAUGUAUUAUUUUUAACUAUUUCAACAUCAACCUAUAAAACAUAAAACAGUAAGCUAUAUACAAUAGCUAGAAGUGUAUGUUAGUCAAUAUAUAUUAAAUCCUGCAUUAAUUUAUUUAGGCCCCGCAACUAAGUAGAUAAUCCUUACCAAAAAUUUGACAUGCAUUCGAAAAAUAAUCUGAGACCAUUCUUUUUACUUUUUUAACUUGGAUUUAUAUGUAAAUAUAUAUUCAUACAUACUAAUGAAAUUGGAGAAUACGUACCCAACUGAAAUUUUUGGUUGGACUUGAAAAUCAUGGUGGUUUCAGAUGAAAGUGGGCUAAACAUCGACUGUGGAGCAACUAUCCCACCUCCGGAUCUUCUCACUUUACGUAUGUGGGUAACUGACGACAAAUACAUUAAAACCGGAGAGAAUAAGCUUCUGUUGACGCCCACCAAUCUUCCUCAGAUGUCUACACUUCGAAGUUUCCCCAAAGGUUCUAACAAUAACUGUUACAAUUUGCCAUUAAAAUCUCAAUCCAAGUACCUUGUGCGUGCUGGUUUUUACUAUGGCAACUAUGACAACCUCCAAAAACCUCCAACAUUCGGUCUUCAGCUCCAGUCAGGAAGUGUAAACGUGAAAGUUACAACCUCUCUCGAUUUCGAUCCAAUUUACCAUGAAUUCAUUAUUUUCACAACAAAAAGUAACUUUGAUGUAUGCUUGGUUCAAACCCAAGAAGAUCAGACUCCGUUCAUUUCUACACUUGAAGUUACGAUCAUUGACCAGAAGGCAUACAGGUUGAUGAACGAGAACAUGGCUUUGUACCUCGAGAGUAGGAUCAACUAUGGCGUCGAUAAAAGUGUCCCAGAACGCCUUUUGUGGUAUGAUGAGAAGUACAACAGAAUAUGGAGGCCACAAGAAGAUCCAAGAUACCUAAGCAAUCAAUAUGGAUUUAGUAUUCAACUAACAUCUAUGAAUGAGGAGAACAGCCCUCCAGAUGUUGUAAUGUGUUCCUCAAUCGAAGCACAUAAUGCCUCUGAAUCCAUCGUCUUACCCAUCAAGUUUCGCCAAAAAUCUCAAGUAUCUGCUUAUUUCGUACUGUAUUUCGAUGUAAUAGCGGCAUAUAAACCAUUCGAAGAUGCUAGGACAGUUUCCAUCUCCAUCGAUGGUCAACUAAUGAACACAACUCAGCUUCCUGGAUUGGGAAGUGGGGAAGUUGUGUCGAUGUAUCCAGUUAAGGUGACAGGUGGUAUGGCCACUUUGACCAUUGCCUCGGCUGGGGGAACAACCACGUCGCCACCGGCUCUCCUCAACGCCAUGGAAGUGUUUUCUGUGCUUGAUGUUUCCAAUGUUGGAAGAUCGUCUGAAUCAGUUCUUGGAUCUUCCUUUAGUCUUGUUCUGCUUCUUUCGAUGCUUUAUUGCAUGGAGUGGAUUGAUUUUUAAUCAAUAUUUAUUUUAAUUACUUACCAACAAGAAAAGGCAAAAAAAAUUAUGACACCAAAAUAUGUUACAGUCAAUAAUAUUUUAGGGCAGUUGUUUUAUU